AUGGACGGCACCUAUGGAGGAGGGCUGUUUGACAUGGUGAAGGGAGGAGCUGGGAAGUUCUUCAGCAACUUUAAGGACAAUCUAAAAGACACACUGAAGGACACCUCCACCAAGGUCAUGCACCAAGUCUCUACAUACACUAAAGGGGAACUGGACAUUGCCUACAUUACAUCAAGGAUCAUAGUGAUGACGUACCCAGCGGAGUCUGUCCAGUAUGGUUGCCAGAACCAUGUUGAGGAUAUCCGCUCCUUCCUUGACAGCCGCCACGCAGACCACUACACAGUCUUCAACUUAUCGCAGCGCAACUACCGCGGGGCCAAAUUCUCCAACAGGGUGUCGGAGUGUAACUGGCCUUCACACCAAGCUCCAAGCCUUCACAACUUGUUUGCUGUGUGUAAGAACAUGCACAACUGGCUCAAGCAGAAUCCCAAGAACGUGUGCGUCAUCACCUGUUCGGAUGGUCGUGCUACCUCUGGUGUUUUGGUCUGUGCCAUGUUCUGCUUCUGCCACCUUUUCAACCACCCAGUUCCUGCCAUGCAGCUGCUGAGCGCCAAAAAACCCGGUUCUGGCCUCUGGCCUUCACAUCGCAGGUACAUAGGUUAUGUGUGUAGCAUGGUGUCAGAGAAGCCCACCCUCCCCCACUCGAAGCCCUUGCUGAUCAAGGCGCUCACUAUAAGUCCAGUUCCCUGUUUCAACAAGCAGCGGAGCGGCUGCCGGCCCUUUUGUGACGUCCUCAUUGGUGAGACUAAGAUCUUCACCACUGCACAGGAGUAUGAAAGGAUGAGAGAGCACAGGAUCCAGGAGGGGAAAGUGGUUUUCCCUCUUGGUGUGAGUGUUCAGGGAGACAUCGUGGUUUCAGUCUACCACAUGAGAUCAACAAUCGGAGGCCGUCUGCAGGCCAAGGUGUCCAACACCCAGAUCUUCCAGAUCCAGUUCCACACUGGCUUCAUCGCUCCUGGAACAACGAUAUUAAAAUUUAACAAACCCGAGCUUGAUGCCUGUGAUUCUCCAGAGAAAUACCCUCAGCUGUUCCACGUCAUACUUGACAUUGAGGUAGAGGGGGUGGACAAGCAGAAAGACCUCACGCCACCAUGGGAGCAGUUCCCCUGUAAAGACCUGAGUCCCAAUGUGCUCUUUUCCUGCCAUCAGGAGCUUCAGGAUGCUCUGGCUGUUGCAGAGCCAAGCCGACAACAUGGAGAAGGUCGGAGUCACGGAGAGGAGAGCGAAGCCUCCGAUGACGAAAUGUUGUCGCUCUCCAGUCAACGUAGCAGCAUCAGUACAGCCUCACAGAAACCAGAACGUCCGGCUCCACCGCCUGCUGCAACCAAACCUGCAGAGGAAGUGGAUCUUCUUGGUCUGGGUGGAGAGGACAUGAACCGUCCCUUCCCUUCAUCUCAACCUUCACCUUCAGCAGCGGCGAGCACUGACCUUCUUGGGGACCUGUUCGGUGCCCCACAGCCAACCAGUGGACCCUCAUCCACCCAGUCCACUCCACAUAAAGUGGCCCCAAAUACUGCUUCACCUUCUCCCUCUCCUGCUCCACCAGCGUUUGAUCCGUUUGGAAAAGCUCCCAUGUCCAAGCCUCAGGAGAUGAUGGGUUCAUUCCUCGGACCAGGUCGAAGUUCCCCCGUCCCACCCACCACACCUACUGUCAACAUUCAGCAGCAGAAUGCCAUGGGAGGAUGGGACUGGAACAGACCUGCUACCACAAAUAACGGGGCAGGCUUUGGUAUGGACAGUAGAUCAGCUACAACUAGUCCCACUGGCUCAGUCCACAGCACCCCCACCCACCAAACCAAGCCAAACUCCCUGGAUCCAUUUGCUGAUAUUGGUAAUCUGUCUGGCAGCCUUGGAGGAGGAUCUGGUUUCUCCAGCAAGCCCACCACUCCAACAGGAGCAACUCCUUCUUUCCCACCCAUGGGAUCCCCAUCACGGCCACCGCCAUCUCCCCAGCACACAGGUGGUUGGCAGCCCCACACAGGAGCCAAUUUCUCCUCAUGGCAGCCCGGCACUGGAGGAAAUAGUGGCUGGCAAGCCCAAGGACAGGGCCCCAGCACGCAACCAAAGCCCAGCCCCAGCCACACCUCCAUGCCUCACACGUCUCCACAAAAUCGACCUAACUACAACGUCAGCUUCUCAGCAAUGGGAGGAGGUUCUCCUAGUGCAGCGGGCAAAUCACAAGCUGGGAUGGGUUCGAAACCCAAAGCCUCCGAUGCUAACUUUGAUGACCUGCUAUCUGGCCAGGGCUUUGCUGGGACCAAAGAGAAGAAAGGGCCCAGGACUAUAGCAGAAAUGAGGAAAGAGGAGAUGGCCAAAGAGAUGGACCCUGAGAAAAUAAAGAUUUUGGACUGGAUUGAGGGGAAGGAACGUAACAUCCGUGCUCUGCUGUCCACCAUGCACACUGUGCUGUGGGAGGGAGAGACGCGCUGGAAGCCCAUGGGCAUGGCCGACCUGGUUACUCCUGAACAGGUCAAAAAGGUUUACCGCAAAGCAGUUCUGGUUGUUCACCCAGAUAAGGCGACCGGGCAACCAUAUGAGCAGUACGCCAAGCUGAUUUUCAUGGAACUCAAUGACGCCUGGUCAGAAUUUGAAAGUCAAGGACAAAAACCACUUUACUAAAAUAAAAGUGGCGUCGGGAUCUCGUCUCUAACCCUGAAAGUGUUCCCUCCUCCGGUCUGCGUAUGAUAACAUCUGCCUUUAUAGCUCGCUUCGACUCAUGCAUCUCUUCCUGCCACGAACACUUACCGACGGUGGCAAAGGACCACCGGUAUGUGAUCGUUUGCUCUGAGUCAGCUCAACAACUGAUCACCAAGACAGAUGAUCAAAAGAGAGGAAGAGAAGAGAAUCUCAGCAGAUAAGAGAAAAACGCGUCAGGGAGCACAAAGCAAACAUUUCACAAACUUCUCAACAAAACAAGUUCAGAGAUAUCAACUAAUCUGUGAGGCACAACAAGCAUUUAACAACGUCGGAGCGGUUUGGAAUGUGGAGUUUGGGCUUUGUUGUGUGUGCGGGGAGAAAAUGGAUU